AUGACAGCCUCCCUAAAAAGCAAGGUGUUUCCAAACAUAGCCACAAACUAUAAAAGUCACAAGUGGCUUUGUGAAAGAACAAUUCUGGCACCAAGGAAUAAUGCUGUAGACAAGCUGAAUCUAAAUUUGUUGUCUCAGUUUCCAGGACCUGAAUGUUCAUACAGAUCAAUUGAUUCUGUCCCUGAUCAAGAACAGGCAAUGCAUUACCCAGUUGAGUUCCUCAAUUCACUUUGCCCACUAGGAUUUUCACCAAACAUUCUGAUCAUGAAAACAGAUGCUCUGAUAAUGCUAUUAAGAAACCUCGAUGCACUCAGACUCUGCAAUGGACCAAGAUUAGUUGUUAAAACAGCCAUGCCUCAUGUGUCGGAAGCAACAAUAAUUACAGGCAAUAUGAUGAGUAAGAAUGUAUUCAUUCCAAGGGUAUCUCCCAUCUCAAAUGAUCUCCCCUUACAUUUCAAGAGACUACAGUUUCCUGUUAAACUCAGCUUUGCAAUGUUUAUCAACAAAGUACAAGGUCAAUCUCUAAAGGUGGUGGGACUUAACCUCCUUCAACCUUGCUUCUCACGUGGUCAUCUCGACAAUGAAGAUGCUGUUGCUGUUAUUUCUUCUAUUUCCUCUGCUGGCUUUGCAUCUUUGAAAAUGUGUGGAAUAAGAGAUCCCUUAGUUGAAAAACAGAUUCACAGCAUUCAAGCUGGUCACUAA